AGGACUGUGCUCAGGAGGGGAGAGUGGCUGCUGGACUUGGACGGCCCUGAGUUCGGUGUUCCAAACCUCUCACGGGAGGGAACCGCCAGUGUGGGCGCCUUGCCACACCGGCGGUCCGUCUCCGCGUCUGGGUCAAACUCCUUUCAUCCCUGGUGGUCACACUUGACACUCCGAGCGUUAGUUUCGGGGAAAAGUUACCGGCGUCGAUCUUGUUGCUGAUGCGCGGAUCGAGUACAUCUGGAGCGAGACUGUGGCGGUCCUUCAGGGGAAGGCCGAGUCCAAGCUUGAGUGCCUGAGAAUUCGACCUCCUUUCGCGUCUGGAAAAUAAUUAGUAGCCUUUUGAUUAGAUGAAUGAAGAGCAAAGCUUUCACGGACGGGGCAGAGUGGAGGAAACAGGGUGGUGGCUGAUGAAUAUUUCCUGGGCACCUACUGCAGCCCGAGGCCAAAUGACAGGCGUGGGUCUGCCAGGGAAGCGUCCCCUGGUACCUGCUGACAGCUUUCUUCCGCCAACAUGGAUGCACAGCCAAUGAUGCCAACACCAAAUAUAAUAGCCGAGCUGCCCAGAUGUACCGGGAAAAGAUCCGGCAGCUGGGGAGUGCGGCCCUGGCUAGGCAUGGCACUGAUCUUUGGAUAGACAACAUGAGUAGUGCUCCCAGUCACUCCCCAGAGAAGAAGGACUCUGAUUUCUUCUCAGAACACACUCAACCCCCUGCCUGGAAUGCACCAGCCACUGAUCCAUCAGAGACCCAGCAGCCAGCCCUGUCUGCAGAAAGCAGUGGCCUGGCACAUCCAGAGCAUGGCCCCAACAUGGACCUGCUUGGCACCUCACCCAAAGCGACUCUGGAGUCCAUGUGUCUGUCACCUAAAGGGACUCUUCCUGCCAGAGAACUGAAAACCUCCCUCAUUGGCAAGAAGAAGCCAGCAGCAGCUAAGAAAGGGCUGGGUGCCAAGAAAGGCCUCGGGGCCCAGAAGGUGAGCAGCCAGAGUUUCAAUGAGAUUGAGCGGCAGGCCCAGGUGGCAGAGAAGCUCCGCGAGCAGCAGGCGGCUGAUGCCAAGAAGCAGGCCGAAGAGUCCAUGGUUGCCUCCAUGCGCCUGGCCUACCAGGAGCUCCAGAUUGACCGUAAGAAGGAGGAGAAGAAGCUACAGAAUCUGGAAGGGAAGAAGCGCGAGCAGGCAGAGAGGCUGGGCAUGGGCUUGGUGUCCCGAAGCUCUGUCUCCCACUCAGUGCUGUCUGAGAUGCAGGUGAUCGAGCAGGAAACCCCAGUGAGUGCAAAAUCCUCCCGCUCGCAGCUGGACUUGUUUGACGAUGUUGGUACUUUCGCCUCUGGACCCCCAAAGUACAAGGACAACCCCUUUUCCUUGGGGGAAAGUUUUGGUUCUCGCUGGGAUACAGAUGCUGCCUGGAGUAUGGACAGGAUGGAGGAGAAGGAGCCAGAAGUGACCAUCUCAAGCAUCCGGCCCAUUUCAGAAAGGGUGGAGAAGAGAGGGCCCUCGAGUCCCAGAGCCACAGUCGGAAGGGGCCAUGAGUCACAAACCGGAGGGAAGUGGAAAGCCGGAGCUCAGGCCUCGAGUCAAGUGAAGCACGUCAGAAAUUUGCAGGAGCCAAAGCCAUCUCAUCUGACAUGUUCUUUGGGAGGGAGGUGGAUACUGAGUAUGAAGCCAGGUCUCGGCUACAGCAGCUCUCAGGCAGCAGUGCCAUCAGCUCUUCAGACCUCUUUGGGGACAUGGAUGGAGCUACUGGAGCAGGUAGCGUAUCUCUGGGGAACGUGCUGCCCACAGCUGACAUUGCCCAGUUUAAGCAGGGUGUCAAGUCCAUGGCCGGGAAGAUGGCUGUGUUGGCCAAUGGUGUGAUGAAUUCUUUGCAGGAUCGCUAUGGUUCCUACUGAUCCAGGCUCCAUUGCUCAGGCACGUGGUGGUGACAGCAGCAGAGACCUCAUGAUCCCCAGGCCAGGGGUGCUCGCCUUGUGGAAGCUGAGGAGGAAUUGUGACUUCAUACAUGUGGUGUGUGAGCGGGGUGGCCUUUGAGGAUCUCGGGUGAUGGGUCGGCAGUACCAGCCCUGACCUCUUCCUGUAGGUUGAGCCCUUCAUUCUCCUCCCCUCGCACCCCCACCCCUGCGUGCUAGAUGAUUGUUCUUCCAGUCCUGCCCCCAAAGCUGCUGCUCACUUGUCCUGCCACACUGGGAGUGAGGGGUGGGAGUUCCCUCAGGAUGGCUUAUUCUGGGUCCAGCCCUUCCCCAAGUAGGGAAAGUAAAAAGUAUAAGGCUUUUUUUGCCAGCUCUAGGAUCCCUCCAGGUCAUCUGGGGUUUGGCCUCUGUCCCCUGGAACCAGCGGGAGGUCUAGAGAGAGUUCUGCUGUCGACCAGCCUGCAGGGGAGGGAGGCUCUGGACUUGCUGCUGCUGUUGCUGCUCCAGUGGUCUCUUCCGGGCACCAGGAGAGGGCAGGGGAAGGGAAGGACCUUUGUCUGGGCCUUACUAAGGGCUAGAAAUGUUACCUGGUACCUAAAGGUUCAUUUGGGAUCAGACUGGAGGCCCGAGUGAUCUUCUCCUGUCUCACCACCCCUUUUUUACAGUGACCACUUGGAGGGUUACUUCUCCUGGUGUCUCGGGUCCUCCCAUACCAUCCAUUGUGGAGCACAGGACCUUCUGUCCCUUCUUCCCCUGCUUGGUGGCCAUGGUGGGUCUCAUCUGCCCUGUGCUCUGCUUUGGCAUAAUGCUGGCCAAGGAAGCAGAGGAUGUGAGGGACAGAAGCAGGCUCCUGGGGCUCAGCUUUUUUGUCUGCAUCAUCGUGGUCUUAGGGGGCCUGGACAGCCCCCCCCACGGAGAGCCUGAGGCGCCUACAGAGCUGCAGGUCUUGCCCCUGGCCGCUGGGCCUGCACUGUGUCAUCCUUGGUGCCAUCUUUCCCUGCCGUGCCAGCAGCCUGGGCCCAGCCCGCCCCCUUGGGUUGAGGGUGGGCUCCCAAGCAACACAGACCACUGUUCCCACCACCCCCUCCCCCAAAGGGAUGUGACUUUCUUUCUGGACUGUUUGUAUUGAAACAAAACGGUGUCAAAUAAAGCCCCGACAGGGCCCUGGGCCUCUGUUGGUCUGAGUGAA